AUGGAACUCAGUGCCAACUACCUCCGCGAGGAGCUGCGGCGGGACCUGGAGGCAGAGCAUGUGGAGGUGGAGGACGCGACUCUGAACCGUUGCGCGACCAGCUUCCCGAGUCCUGGUGGUGUCGAGGGAAAGUUCGAGGGAAAGCCACUGCUCCAGAGACACCGGCUGGUGAACGAGUGCUUAGCCGAAGAGCUCCCGCACAUCCAUGCCUUUGAGCAGAAAACUCUGACCCCAGAGCAGUGGACCCGACAGCGGCAGGAAUGAGGGACCCAGGCCUGAACAAGCAUUAAAUUUUAAACCUGGCAAAAAAAAAAAAAAAAAAAG